CCCCGCCACCCAUAUCGGUUUUACUACGUUUAAACAUGGCUGCUCAUUUUGAAAUCGACGACGCCAUGCCCAAGAAGAAGCUCGCAGCCUGGGACGAGUUUGACGAGGUCGAGUCCGACCCGUCUCUCAACCUCAAGAUGAGCCGCAUGGAGUGCAAGCACUGCAAGUCCUCCGUGUCCAAGUCGGUCAACCGCCUUCUCUCGCAUCUGCGCUCGUGCCCCAAGUACACGGGCGAGCUGCCUGCGCCCGGCGACGACGAGGUCGACGCGGCGGACGAGGCCAAGCACGACCCGCUCGCCACCGUGCGCCGGGCCAUCGACCAUACGCUUCUCAAGGCGGAUGCGACGCCGGACGAGAUUGCGACGCUCUGCAAGGAAGCGUACGAGCACAAUUUUUGCUCCGUGUGUGUCAACAGCAUGUAUGCUUCGUACGCGCGUGAGACGCUCGAUGGCCUCGAGCGCCACCGCAAGCGCCAGCAGCCCCGCGUCAAGGUGUGCUGCGUUGUGGGCUUCCCGCUUGGCGCGAGCACAUCCGAGACCAAGGCGUUCGAGACGGACGACUGCAUUCGCCAUGGCGCCGAAGAAAUCGACAUGGUCAUUGCCGUCGGCAAGCUCAAGGCCGGCGACCACGCCUACGUCUUGCGUGAUAUUUGCGCGGUCGUCUCGGUCUGCAAGCGCAACAACGUCCUCUCCAAGGUCAUCUUGGAGACAGCUCUCUUGACCGAAGCUGAGAUUGAGACGGCGAGCAAGCUCGCGAUCGCGGCCGGCGCCGACUUUAUCAAGACGUCGACGGGCUUCUCGACGCGUGGUGCGUCCGUGGUGGACGUUCGCCUCAUGGCGUCGCUCGCGCAUCCCCACGGCGUCCAGGUCAAGGCCAGCGGCGGCAUUCGAUCGCUCGAAGACGCGGAGAUCAUGAUGGAAGCCGGUGCGACGCGCCUUGGCACGAGCUCGGGCGUCAAGAUGAUCAAGGGAUCGCCCAGCGCUGGCGCGCCGUCGUCGUACUAACCUCCUUUUGUAAUUCAAUUCUGUUCAAAUCCUA